UGUCUCUUCACGACACGGUCUUCAAAUGCGAAUACAGUCUAAAUGUGACAUUUGAAGAUUAAUUAUAAAAAGAACAACACGGUCAAGGCGCGUGUCAGCCACGGUCCACUUUUGAGGGGAAAUAGUACAUGGAUAGUCUAGAACGGAGAAUGAGUCCCGAAAAGGUGUCUUCAAGCAGUUCCCGGAACCGAAAAAAUAUGAAACCAGUUAUGGAGAGGAAAAGACGAGCAAGGAUAAAUACAAGUCUGGCGGAACUGAAGUCCCUGCUGAUUGAAGUCAUACAGUCAGAGGGAGCUAGGCAAAACAAAAUGGAGAAGGCCGAUAUUCUUGAAUUGACGGUCCGCCAUCUUGGAAAAGUGAAACGAAAACAGCCAUUAGUCCCAGAGAGCGAGAGUACCUCAAGGAUGAAUAAAUAUCGACUGGGAUUCAGUGAAUGUGCCGUCGAAGUCAGCAAGUAUCUCGAACACACCAUUGGUCUUGAGACUGAUUUUCGAGCCCGACUUUUGAAUCAUCUUGUUGAAGUUAGCAUGAAUACUGGACAAGAUAACGAAAAUAGAUAUCAUCCAAUGAGAGCGUCGACUGUGCCUAAUCGAUCUCAUCAGAACCCAUUACUUGAGGACAGUUCAGAGUAUUGCCAAGAAGCAAACAAAGACACAAACCACACUAUCGGAUCGGCAGGUCGGUACCCUGAAACUAUACAGAAAAAAGAAAUCGACAACAAUGGAAAUUAUGUUAUGCGCAAUAAAGAAGCUGAACAAAUGCCUGCCAGCAGCAUGAAGGAUAUCUACAUUAACACUACACAUAUUUCCUCUGGAGAUAUGGCAUUCCUCGUUCCAGCAGGCAGUCUUUUACAAUACAGCGGAAAUACUAUGCCUGGUCCUAAAGUUUUCUUACAAGUUAUCCAACCACAGAGCUCCAAUUCUAUCAAUGCUAGUAUUUCUGAUGGUAAUAUAACGAAAGUGUCAGCUGGGAUGACCUGCCCUGGCAACAUUGUUGCAUCACAAACGAUGGGAACACCCUUUGCCCCAAAUAUGACCUUUGGCAAACAAAUACUUAACCCAGUGUGCUCGUUUAUCCAAGUCGUGCCAAAGGAAUACACCCAUGCACAGGCCUCUGAUUCCCAGUCUGAAUGCGCCCACAUUCAGCCCUCUGAUUCCCAGUCUGAAUGCGCCCACAUACAGCCCUCUGAUUCUCAGUCUGUUGGAAGAAUAAAUGAAAAUGCGCACUUCAGUGCACUUCAAAAUAGAGUUGCAAUUAAGAAAUCCCCGAGAAAUAAUUAUUAUGACAAGGGUAACUGUAGCAUCUCUGGUGAUUGUCUGCAUGAAGAAGUUAAAACAGCUCAAGUUUGGCGACCGUGGUGAAUUUGUGAUAUAAUAAAAGAUGCAUACAAUCAAAA